GUGGUUGACCUGGUUGUGUUGUGCUGCUGCCCUCUUCCGUUGGGAUUUCCCCAGACCGUCAUUAGUCCUCGGCUUGGGUCCCUGUUUUAUGGCUGCUUAUGCUUUUCUCUGUUCCACGUUUUUACUGUUCUAUAGCCUCCUGAGAGACGAGUGAUAAUCCUACAUUCUACGGUUCUAGCUCCGUGACCUGAGCACCCGGAUAUUAUUUAUAAAAAAAUUAAUUUAUUGAAAUUAUUGCGCAUAAUUACCGCGUUUUAAUUGUAAAAGAAAUAAAAUUGCGCGACUUUGCGUUUCGAAGAUAUUGCAAAAUUAAAUUCGGGUGCUAAUAGUUUUUUGAAAUACCUCUUAUAUAAAAUAAUAAUGUUCGAUUACACUUUUGCACCAUACCAAUCGAUUCCGCGUAAUUUGCUCGAUAAUAUGCAAUCAUUGCGAUUAGCCAAAAAUUAAUAAUAACAAUAAAAACAAUCAAAAACUAAUUUUACGCCUUCCAGUCGGAAGGGAAGAAAACUCGAGAGGGCGUGUGCAUGCCACAGCCAACGCAUCGUCUGCAUUAUGCCACUAGAUUUUGAUAUGUAUGACUAGUUCCAGACAUAGACAUAAGAGAGAUAGACUGCGUGUGUAGGUUUGCAAAAGUGGCACCCUAUUAGAGAAAGACAACAUACCUUCUUUCCAUAUAAUACCAAGCAUUAAUAGAAGGUAUGGUGUCUUUGUCUUACACAUUGACAUAAGAGAGUCUGUCUUUCUCUAACAGGGUGCCACUUAUGCUAACCUACACACGCAGUCUAUCUCUCUUAUGUCUAUGGUUCCAGAUGCACUUAUUGCAUUUGACGACCGUUUGUAGGUUAUAAAAAAACAAACAAAUAAAAAAAGUUGGAAAUUCACUCGUAUAUUCAAACGUUUCAAUUAAUAUUGAAGUAUUCAUGCUCUUUUUUUUUUUUUCAUUACAGUGUAUUUAAUAAAUCCAAAUCCAAAUGUCAGAAGUGUUUGUAUUAAGAAAAAAACAUCAAAUCUUAUCUGCAGAUAUAUGGAAAAGCAUUCAUCAUGUAUACACAGGCAACAGUUAUAAACAUAAUUAUCGAACUUUCUAUGCAGGAAGUCUUUUAAAAGUCAUUAUCGAGUGUUAUAUUCUUGCUGAAAAUGUUGCCAUCCACUGGUGAUGAUGAAAGUCCCAGCAGAAUUGUGUACUCCUUUGAGCAUGUUGAGUCAGUUAAGUCGUAAAGUCGAUGGACCAUUGAAACUUAUAAACAGUGAUCCUGAGUUAAUAAUAAAUAUCGGAAGUGAUCAGUCUCCAGACAGUGAGAUGAUUGUGCCCUUUGUCAAUAGAGAAGAGGAGAGCGAGCACCGUAGCAUGCCAACUUGCUCUAAAGAUGCAAAGGUGGAAGACUUUCAAGCUUUGAGGCAGGAUGGAUGCCAACAUGAAUUUAGCACCAAAGGACAUGGAGAUACCCGAGCCUGGUACUCUGGUUUCUUCCAAGGCUAUGAAAAAAGCUGGACUGUACAUACUGGGGCCGGUAAUAGGUUUGUCGCUGCUUCAGAGUAUAGUACAAUGCCUGGCUAGAAAAAAAGAGACUGACAAGUUUUAUACUAUUAAGAUAUUGACUAUGAAAGAUUCAAUGGAGCAGGAAACUUAGGAUGAUAGACAAGGAAAGAUGCUGCUGCAUUCCGAGUAUUCGCUGUUGAGUUUUUUGCAGAAUCAGGAUGGUGUGCACCAUCAUAGGUUUUUUAAGGCAGGACUGUGCUCUGGAAGAGAAGAUCACAUAUUCUGGAUUUGUUUAUACCAGAAGAACGAGACAAAGACUGUGCUUGAUUCUUGAUUGCCUAUUAUGUCAUGAUUUUAAUCCAAACAGUAAUUAUCUGAUCAAUUUUCAGCACUAUGUCAUAAGAGAAAAGAAGCUAUCGAAGACCAAAAACUUGAAAAAAUGUUAAGAAGUCAUUUACAGAAUUAUUGCUGCUUAUAUUGGUCCUACCAGAUGUCAACUGAAUAAUUGUUCUGGAUUUAUAUGAAAUUUACCAAGAUAAGAAAAUAAACCUUGUAUCUGCUGAAAGAAUUUGUGAAGAAAUUGAGAUGAGAUGUCACGAAAUGGGCCAAGGGAAAGGGUACGCUAUAGUCCCAGGACACGUAUAUGUAGUAUUAUUAUUAUUACUACACUUAUAUGUAGUAUUAUAAUGGAUACCAUAUCAAGCUUUUGUUGUCUAAAUUAUUUCUGCUAGAUAUGUCCAGUCAUGACCAAAAAUACUAAUUUUUAUAUUGUAUAAAUUUAGAAAGCAA